AUGCCUCAAACAGGUGGAGAUGAUAAAGCUGAGACAAUCGAGCUUGAGCUUGCUUCUAGGAAUGGUGACGGUGGUGAUGAUGAUGAGAAGCUUCAGUCUCAAUGGGCUGAUAUCGAGAGAUUACCAACAUUCGAAAGGAUCACAACUGUUUUGUUCUCCAAAACAGAUGAACAAGGGAAGAGAAGAUCGAGACUACAAGUCAUGGAUGUGUCUAAGCUUGAGGAUCUUGAUAGACGUCUCUUUAUCGAUGAGCUCAUUAGACAUGUUGAGAUCGAUAAUCUCCGGUUGCUGCAGAAAAUAAGGAAGAGAAUUGACGAGUAA